AAAAAGCGCCAUAGACUUAAUCAUCGCAGCAGCAGCGCUGCCAGCGUCGACAUUCGCGUCGCUGUUGAGUUUUGCAUAGCUGCGCACUCCUCACCCCUCACCUAAGCUGCUCGCGUUGGCUGUGCGCGCAUUGAGUUUGGAGUCCAAGUCGGAGUUGAGUUUGGCCAGCAGCAUUUGCGGCGACGGCGUCACGGCGCGCAGACGUCGGACGGCGAAAAACAAAAAAACAGAAAACGGAAACCGGAAAAAGCGAACAAUAGGCAAAUAUUAAAAAUCCAUCAAGAGCAAAAAGAAAAGAAAAAAGUGUAGAACAAAUUGAGCGAUGCCCAGUGGUGGCGGCACAGUGUCCACGGUGGCGUCAGUGCGUCCGGUUCUGGUGUGGAACGGUGCUCAGUAUGCGGCAAGCAGCCGCGAACUGGAGCUUGAGCUGCUGCGUCGCGAUUACGGUCUGGACGAGCGCAUGCUCCAGUCCACGCUAGUGCCGCGCUACAAACGCCACAAGCCGCAGGCGAGCGCCAAAAAUACGCACGUGCGUCUUGUGGCGCCCCAAACCAGCAACAGCAGCAGCAGCAGCAGCAGCAACAGCAAGAGCAAGAGCAGAAAGCACUCCCAGCAGCAGCAGCGCUCGGACUGGAUUCUGCGACAGAGCGAGAGCAGCGUCGCUCAGAUCAAUUUUCAUCCCUGGGCCGAGGGCGAGCGCAAGUUUUCGCAUUUUGAUUUGGUGCCCUGGCGUCGCACGCGCAGCUGCCUGGAUCUGAGCAGCGUGCUCGACUAUAGCGGACGCAGCAAUGCGCAGACGCAGGCAGACGCCAGCGCCGCUGAGAAGUCGCUGCGCGAUUUGCAGAAGCUCGAGGUGCGUCACAAUCGGCGGCGGCUGCAACGCGCGCGCUCCAACGCAGCAGCGCAGCAGGGCCAGCGGCGUCUGGUGCGCGUGCGUCUGGUUUUCUCCAUGGAGCUGCGCCACAAGCGGCUCGAGCUGCUGCGUCAAAAUGCGCUGCCGGUGCGCGUGUUCGAGCAACGCUUUGCGCUCAGCGCGCACGAAUCCGCCGCCUAUGAGCGCGUGCUGCUGGAUGCGAGUGCAGGCGUGGAGCAGCAUGUGGGCUACUUUAGCAAGCGGCCGCUUAGAGAGCGGCGUCAAAAGCAGGGCGCGCCAGAGGAGGAGCAGCAGGAUGAGGAGGAGCAGCUGGUAGUGGAUUUUGCCAGCGAAACUGAAGUUGAAACUGAGGAAAUGGAGCCAGAGGCGCAAUAUGCAACAAUUCCGCCAGAUAAGCCAGUGGAGCAAGCUGAGCCUGAGCCUCAGCCUGAAGCUGAUAGCUUGGAAAGUGCUGCUGAAGAUGUUGAUGUAACUACACCAACAACUACACCCACGACGCCAACAACAGCGACGCCAACAACAACACAAACACCAACAACAAUUAUAACAAUUAGAGCAACACCAACAGCUUCACCAACAACUUCACCAACAGUCGCACAAGUGCCAUGCAACAAAUGUCGCCAUAUUGCCAUCAAAUUAAGAACUAUUAAUGACUAUGCGCUCAACUCGAAUGUACAGCUAAGACACAAUAGUCGACUGAACCACAUAAGCAACAACGUCCACAACAACAACAACAAUAACAAUAAAUUAAAUCGCUUGAACGGCAGCAACAAUAAUCUGAGCAGAAUGCAUGCACAUCAGCUGGACUCAUAUUUGGCCGGCAUGCCCAUGAGCCUAAGCAUGCCCAGCCCAAUGCAUGGAGCUACAAUUUCGGAUGGCGAAAGACCCAACGGAGGCGCCUUGGCGUUGCACUAUGCGGCCGCACGUGGCUGCUUGGACUGCGUGCAGCUGCUGGUGGCAGCAUCUGUGGAUAUUUGCGCAAAUACGCAAAUGGACAAUGAUGUCACGCCCGUUUACUUGGCCGCCCAGGAGGGGCACUUGGAGGUGCUGAAGUUUCUGGUGCUUGAAGCUGGCGGCUCGCUGUACGUGAGAGCACGCGACGGCAUGGCACCGAUCCAUGCCGCUUCACAAAUGGGCUGCUUGGAUUGCCUCAAAUGGAUGGUGCAGGACCAAGGUGUGGAUCCGAAUCUGCGCGACGGCGAUGGCGCCACGCCACUGCAUUUUGCCGCCUCGCGCGGCCAUUUGUCUGUGGUGCGCUGGCUGCUGAACCACGGCGCCAAAUUGUCGCUGGACAAGUACGGCAAGUCGCCCAUCAAUGAUGCGGCCGAGAAUCAGCAGGUGGAGUGUCUCAAUGUGCUGGUGCAACAUGGCACCACCAUCGACUACAACAACAAGAACAGCGUGCAGCGCCACAAAUCACAUCAGCAGCAGCAACAUCAACAGCAGCAGCAACACAUGAGCAGCAGCUGCAAUUCGAACACAAACUCAAGCAAGCAAACAAGUCGCAGCAACACAAUCAAGUCCAAGUCCUCAUCCACGCUCAGUUCGGAUGUGGAGCCUUUCUAUUUGCAUCCACCGUCGGUUAAUGCUGCUGGCGCUGCUGCUGGCCUAAGCUUGGGCAUAAGCCGCAAGAACAGCGAUGCGCUUUACUCGCACCAAUCGCGCAGCUCAUCGGAGAAACUUUAUGGAGCAACAGGCGGCGGUGCUGGUGCUGGUGCUGGUGGUGCUGCUAGCUCUGCUGGCGGCGGCGGCGGCGGCGGCGCGCUGCUGCCCAACGAUGGACUCUAUGUGAAUCCCAUGCGCAAUGGUGGGCUCUAUGCCACGCCCUCGCCCAACGGCAGCAUCUCGGGCGAGUCUUUCUUUCUGCACGAUCCACAGGAAAUUAUUUACAAUCGCGUGCGCGAUUUGUUUGUUGACUCCGAUUGCAGCAGCAGCGUCAAGCAGCAGCAGCACCAGCAGCAGCAGCAACAUCAUCAUCAACAGCAGCAACAUGGCCUGCUGCAAUCCAAGGCUGGGCAUAAUGCCAUUAUGACCAUACAGGCGGAUGUCCACUCAAGCUCCAGCGGCGCCGGCAGCGGCUCCGAUGAGUCUGUCUCCAUCUCCUCAAGCUUCAAUUCGCCAAAAAACAGUCACAGUCAUCACAAUCAUCAGCACAGUCAGCAGCUGCGCAGUCAGAGCUUCAGUCGACACGGCAGCAGCAGCAACAUUAUCAAGAGCAACAACAACAUGAACAACAACAACAACAACAACAACAGUGUUAACAAUUAUAAGCUCAAGAGUUUGGGCAAUGGCAACAGCAGCAAUCCGAAUGGCGAUCAUGACUAUGAGGAUAUUUAUUUGGUGCGCGAAGAGUCACGCAAGCAACAUCAGCAGCAGCAGCAACAUCAACAUCAACAGCAGCAGCAACAGUUGCUGGGACAGCAGCAGCAGCAACAGUUGCUGGGACAGCAGCAGCAGCUAAACAAAUAUAAUGUGGGUCGCUCCCGUUCCCGGGACAGCGGCUCUCACUCGCGCUCCGCCAGCGCCAGCUCCACGCGCAGCACAGAUGUUGUUCUCCAGUACAGCAAUCAUCAUUUGAACAACAAGCGCAACAACUACAACAUCAACAGCAGCAGCAACAACAACAACAACAGCAACCAAUUGAGUCUGCUGAAUCGCAACAAAUCACAUUCGAUCAUUGGACUGCAUAGCAGCAAAUACGAGUCCUCGCUGCGGGACAACUACAGCGCCAAGAAUGUGAAUCUCAAUCAACAGCAGCUGCAGCAGCAGCAGCAGCAGAAUAUGAAGAAUCAGCUGCUCAAUGGCAGCGGCAUCAAGAGCGACACCUAUGAGAGCGUCUGUCCGCCCGAGGAUGUCGCCGAGCGCACUAAGCAAUCGCAUAAGAACUCCAUGAUACGCAACAAUUUGCUGGCGGAUGCUAGCGGCAAUCACUGCAACAGCAACAGCAAUCUGAGCAACAUGAGCAACAGCAACAGCAACUUGAGUAACAGCAACAGAAAUCUAAAGCGAGUCUCAUCAGCGCCGCCAAUACAGAGCAUGGCCUUGGUGAAUGGGCCACCGCCACCGCCGCUGCCGCCACCGCUGCGAGCGCCCAAUGUGCAUCGCAACAAUUUGACUGACGACAGCAGCAACAGCAACAGCAACAUGUUUAAGAAGAAUCAUUUGAACACAGCAGCAACAGUUGCAGUUGCAACAGCAGCGGCCGCAGCGGCUGAAGCCGUCGACUCGGACUCGGGACUGGAGGUGGUGGAGGAGCCGAGUUUGCGACCCUCGGAGCUGGUGCGUGGCAAUCACAAUCGCACCAUGUCCACCAUAUCGGCGAACAAGAAAGCCAAACUGCUUAAUGCUGGCGGCGGCGGCGGCGGCAAUGGCAAUGCCAAUGCCAAUGGCAGUUUAGCAGCCGCUGCAGACGCCGCUGCUGGCAGCGCUGCCAACGUUGAGGGCCACUAUAACCAGCAGCAGCAACAAAUAAUGGCCAACAGCAGUAGCCUCUAUGGCUAUGCCGAAGGCAAACAGCGCAGCGCCAGCGUCAGCAGCAACAGCAACUAUCAGCCAACGCACUAUCAACAGCAGCAGCAGCAGCAGCAACACGCUGGCGUCUAUGGUGGCAGCAUUUAUGCGGGCGUUGGCUCCAACACUGAGGAUCACUAUGAGCCGCAGUAUGGCGGCAGCAACUAUGGCGAGACUAUGGGCGUGGCUGCUGGCGUGCGUGCGGGUGGCCCCAAUUUGGUCAACAAGCAGCUGGUGCUGCCAUUUGUGCCGCCCAGUUUCCCCAACAAGUCUCAAGAUGGCGUCACGCAUCUCAUCAAACCGUCCGAGUAUCUAAAGAGCAUCAGCGAUAAGCGUUCGUGUCCAUCCUCAGCGCGCUCCACGGAUACGGAGGACUAUAUGCAGAUUCAGAUUGCCCAGCAGCAGCAGCAUCACCAACAUCAGCUGCAGUUGCAGCAACAGCAUCAACAGCAUCAACAGCAGCAGCAGCAGCAACAUCACUAUGAGCAGCCACCGCUGCCGCCACCGCCGCCGCCCUUGCCGCACAUGAUGCCGCCGCCCAUGCCCAUGCUCAAUGGCGAUGUAACCAGCAAGUCACAGAAGACCAAGAAGCCCUCGCAUGCUGCCACGCCCAACAGCCAGGAUACGGCUACGCGCAAGCAGCAUCAACCGCUGUCCGCCAUUUCCAUACAGGAUCUGAACAGCGUGCAGCUGCGCCGCACGGACACGCAGAAGGUGCCGAAGCCCUACCAGAUGCCAGCGCGUAGUCUGAGCAUGCAAUGUCUGACGACGAGCACGGAAACUUAUCUCAAGUCCGAUCUGAUUGCCGAGCUGAAGAUCUCGAAGGACAUACCGGGCAUCAAGAAGCUGAAGGUGGAGCAGCAGCUGGCCAAUCGCAUGGACUCGGAGCACUAUAUGGAGAUUAGCAAGCAGUUCACCGGCAACAACUAUGUGGAUCAGAUCUACUUGCAGAUACCGGAAAAGGAUCAGGCCGGCAAUGCCAUACCCGACUGGAAGCGACAGAUGAUGGCCAAGAAGGCCGCCGAGCGUGCCAAGAAGGACUUCGAGGAUCGCAUGGCCCAGGAGGCGGAGUCGCGACGCAUCUCCCAGAUACCGCAAUGGAAGCGUGACUUGCUCGCCCGUCGCGAGGAGACUGAGAACAAACUAAAAGCGGCCAUCUACACGCCCAAGGUGGAGGAGAACAAUCGCAUUGCGGACACGUGGCGUCUGAAGAAUCGCGCCAUGUCCAUUGAUAACAUCAAUCUGGCAACUUGCAGCAGUGUCGAUCAGCACUACCAACAGUUGCAGCUACACCAGCACCAGCAGCACCAACAGCAGCAGCAACAACACCAGCAACAGUCGCAGGUGCAGGGCAACAAAGAGAAUCACGGCGAGCCAGGCAGAGCUCACGAUGAGGGCGAACAGGAGCAGUCCACAGCAGAUGGAGUGCAGCAACAGCAGGAGCAGGAGUUGAACGACAAUGAUAACGACAACAUCAUACCCUGGCGUGCUCAACUGCGCAAGACCAACAGUCGCCUUAGCCUGAUCUAAUUCUUCGAGGUCGGUAUCCGUGUUUAAGUCUUAAGCUUGUAGUGCAUUUUUUUUUUGUUUUUUUUUUGCUAACUUAAUUAAUAUAUGCUCACUUAUAUAGC